UUCUCUUAACCCUGGGUGAUAUCAAUGCGUUAAGAUAUUGCUCGUUCGAUAAAAUUCAGGUGAUCUCAACACAUCUAUUAUUUUAGUUAUCGAUCAUUUCGAAGACCGAUCGCAGUCACCAUGAGCACUGCCAUUAGGUUAGUUUGCUUCGCAACGGCGUUGCUCAGUGUUUCCAGCUUCUCAAUACCAUUGAGACAGGACCCAGAGACCCUGUGCAUCGGCCAGCAGAAUUUCUUGAGAAUUGCUAAUGUCGAAAGCUGUACUUUCUACUACCAAUGCUACUCCGGCCAGUCUUACUCGAUGCAGUGUCCGUUCGGUUCAUGGUUCAACGAACAAGAACAGAUAUGUGACGAGUCUGAUGCUCCAGAAGGUUGUGUGGUAGAAAUGGAACCUACUCCAGAACCGGAACCUGAGGAAACUCCUGAACCAGAGGAAGAGGUUGAACAAGAACCAGAAGAAGAACCAGAACCAGAAGACGAACAGGAACCAGAACUAGAAGAAGAACAAGAACCAGAAGAAGAACAAGAAACAGAAGAAGAACAGGUGCCAGAAGAGGAUCAAAAACCAGAAGAAGAACAAGAGCCAGAAGAUGAACAAGAACCAGAAGAUGAACAAGAACCUGAAGAUGAACAAGAACCAGAAGAGGAACAAGAAGAGCCAGUAGAGGAACCUGUCACAGAACUAGAACCCGAGGAGGAGCCAGAAUUAGACCAAGAAGGAGAAGAAGAACAAACUCCAGAAGACGAGAAUGAAGAAGUAGAAGACUCUGAGUCUAAUCAGGAACCGGAAGAGAAUGAGGUAGAAGACUCAGAACGAAAAUAUAAAACAAGGAAAAUAAGGCAAUUAGAUUCUGACGACGAUGGUGAUGAUGGGGAGGUUGAUGCUGAUGAGGAGAAUGAUGAUGAAGCAAAUAUUGAGGAGGACGACGAAUCUGCACAAAAGUUUAAAACAAGAAAAUUAAAGCAAUUCGAAACUGAGGAGGCUGUGGAAGAUGAUGAAGAUAACGUCGUUGAUGACUUAGUAGAUGAUCUGAAGAAGCAAUUAGAUACUGCUGAACAAGACGAGGAAGAUGAUGUGAAUGAUGAUGGCGAAGAAAACGAAGAAGCCGAAAAUCUAAAACAGUUGGAGGUAGAGGAUGGAGGCAAGCAGUCUAAUGAAGAUGAAGAGGCGGAUGAUUCUAAUGAUGACGAAGACGAGAAUGUAGAUGAUCAGUCAGAUGAUGAUGAAAAUGACGCUGACGAUUCCGACGAAUCGGAACGAAAAUUUAAAACGAGAAAACUUAAACAGUUAGACAAUGAAGAAGACGAGACUGUAGAUGAUCAGUCAGAUGAUGAUGAAAAUGACGAUGAGGAUUCCGAAGAAUCGGAAAGAAAAUUUAAAACAAGAAAACUGAAACAGUUAGAAACUGAUGAUGAGGAAUUGGAGCAGUCAGAUGACGAUGAAAACGAAGAAUCGGAGAACAAUAUGGAAAGAGGUAGAGAACACAAUCACAACCAUGAUCACAACCAUGGUCAACACCAUGAACACAAUCAUGGUCAUCACGAUCAUAAUCACGACGACUCCGAGGGAUCAGGCAGUGAAGAAAAUGAGGAACUAGUGGAUGUUAUUCCACAAGGAAUCCCCCUUCAGGAAGACGUUGAAAAAGACGAUGAAACUGAUACCCAAAGACUGAAGCGGUCUCUCCAACAAGUCAUUGACAGUGAGGAAUUAGAAGAAUCUAUUGAACAAGAUGUGGCUGCCCAAAACAUCUUCUAUAGAUGGCUCGGCGCCAUUAAUUAGACGAUUUUUUCAAAAGCAUUUUAUAUUGAGUGCUAUCUAAAACGUAGUUUUGAAUAAGUUAGUUAUAGUAUCACUUUGUGCAAUUUUGUAAAUAUGACGUGUGUACAAUAAAUUAUUAUGCGUUAUUGUUUAAUUACGAAUGAUUCAUGGCAUUAAUUAGA